AUAAUUCAACCACCACAGGAUUGGUUUAUAGGACACCAACAUCAUAAUCAUGAGCAUGGCCGCCGCUUCAUGGCUGCCGUGACGUCGGGUAAAUUUAUUUUAUAAAUUCAAAGCGCUGCAGGUCUAGAUCAUGCAUUUGCUUUUCCGAGAGGAAAAUGGAUUGGGAAACUUCUCAUUCUUGAUCUCGGAGGCCAAGAUUUAAUAGGCCCUUUGCAUAGAUGGCGCGAUAUUUGAAUAACAAUAAAUGUACAUUCACGUGAAAAAUCCCUUCCCUGGAAACAUCAGUACGAGGCUUAGGAUGUACAAAGUAUUGUUAUUCAAAUUCAGGCGCCCUGGGUCAAUAGUCUUGCAUGACAAAGGCAAUUUUAUUUCAAUUUGCCUCUUAAAACGUAAAAAGAACACCAAAAAGCUAAAAAAAAAUGCUUACCCUUGCAAUUCUAAUCCUAACAAGCAUCACACUUAUUUCUUAGAAAAUUUUAAAAGAGGCCUGAAGAGACUCAAUAAAAUGACCUUGUCAGCCACAAUAUGUAUUUCAUAGGUCAGCGGUGAUCUCGUCCCCAAGGCCCUCGCUCCUUUUCUUUUCGCGAGCACCUCGUUCACGUCCCUGUUACGAGCUGAACCAUUGCAUGUCUUCUUGGCAACGCACUGUUAUGCUUGAAUAAACUCUGAGUAGUUUUAAUUUAUCGAGAACAAAAGGCCAAUUAUGUCUUUUUAAGCUUGAUUGAUCGGAAAACCUUAAUCUUGAAUGAAUUCCAUUCGAAGUCGUUGCCAGAUUUUUUUGGUUUUGCGGUUAGAAUUGAUUAAGAAACGGUUUAAAUUUUUUGGCAAUCCGACCAAAGCCUUCUCCAGAGUGACUGAUGGUCUUUUCACGCUACUACACCACUUGCUUUUGACUGUUUGGCGUAAUUUGAAGGUUAUAGUCUGUUAGAUGUUACAUUGAGUUUACAUAAACCAGAAAAAAAGUUAUGAUUUAUGGUGGAAAUUCACGCACCAAAAUUUGGCUGUAGUUCUUAACUCCAGUUGGUAGUUUUUCGAAUGAGACAAUUUAAGUGUCAUAUUCUUAUGGUCCGACAUACGUUCCAGCUCCCAUCGCAUACCUUUAACGUUCAAAAACUUACGGCGUCCAAAAAAGUCAUAUUGAAUUUGGUCGCCAUGACAAUACAUGUAAUUCAUGUAAUACAAUUUACAGUGGUGAACACUAAGAGAUCGAUCGAUUCAGAUCGAAGUUUGCUAAGCUACCCACAGUUUACCAAUAAAGUAAGCUUGCCUAGUUUUCUGAGGCAAAUUUGAAUCAACUAGAUCACUAAGAUAUUUUCUGGUUCCUGUUUUGUUGCUAUAAAGAUUUGCCAAUUCACAUGGAUCGCCUUCAAUCUAGACCACUUCGUUUGUUUAUGAUUACAGAGGUACAUUACAGGUACCAGUUCAGCCGCGUCACUUCAACAAGUGUCAUUUUUGUCUUAUACCUUAGGAGGCGAUCAAAAAUGAAGAAAGCUAAAGACGGGGCUACAAAAAGACUUCGGAUCGCUAGCUGCAUGUGUCUGUUAUUUAUGAUUGUGGAAUUUGUAGGUGGAUACUUUGCCAAUAGCCUCGCUAUCAUGACGGACGCCGCGCAUUUACUGUCGGAUUUCGCAGGCUUUAUGAUCUCGUUGCUGGCUCUUUGGGUGGCUACCAAGCCCGCCACUACGACUCUGUCUUUUGGCUGGCAUCGCGCAGAGGUGAUGGGCGCUCUAAUGUCAGUGCUGUUUAUCUGGGUGCUCACAGGAGUGUUAGUCUAUCUAGCAAUUCAAAGAAUCAUCACCAAACAAUACGAGAUAGACUUUUUUUGUCCAUUGCGGAGCUUAAUAUUUUCGUUUUCUUUUUGUCUUCCUUUCCAGCCAUCUUGGGCGAUAGCAGAUCCAAUCUGCACGUUUGUAUUUUCACUGAUUGUUCUAGGAACCACGCUAGCUAUUCUAAAAGAUGCUUUAAUUGUCCUUAUGGAGGGAGUUCCAAAAGGAUUAAGCUUCAGUUCUUUAAAAGCAAGCCUUCUUGAUAUCCCUGGGGUGUUAGCUGUUCAUGAUCUUCACGUAUGGUCACUAACAGUGGGGACAAGUGCCAUAGCGGUUCAUCUUGUGAUAGACGACACUUGUAGCUCACAGACGGCUCUGGAGGAGGCGUCGCGGAUCUGUAGCCAGGAGUUUGAUAUUCAACACAGUACAAUCCAAGUAGAGACUUCUAGCGAGAAAACCGCUGAAUGCAUUCAGUGCAACGAGCCUACCACAUAACACAAAACUGUGGAAUCAUAAUCAACGAGGCGCUGGACACCGGGACAUGGCCAUGGACGCGUGUCUUAAGGAAGCCUUAGUUUCAAUUCAGAUCACGAUACUUCCAAAGAUGAUCAACAACUUCAGUCUCCCAACCUUCCUCCCCGAGAUGCCACGAAACAGUGAUGAGAAAUCAGAAUUUGGUCAUCGCUGGAAAUAAAAGGGUUAACGCAAGCUCUCCUCUUAAGACUGCCAAAGCCGUAAAAUAAAACUGACUUAUUUUAUAAAAAUUGCAACUUGGGAAAAUCGAGCUAUCAGAAGUUCUGCGCAAUAGUUACCAUUUUGAAUUUGCCGCACUUCAGAUUUUCACCUAGAUACUUUACAAUUAAAGGCCACCUUGUAUAGCAGACUCAAUAUCUUUUUUAUUUGGAUGGUCGCACACAAGGGUUUCAGUAACUGACGUUAACAUAAACACCACCUUCCACAACAG